AUGCUAUCUUGGAAUUCUAACGCAUGGACUUUCAAUACGAUGCCCAUACUCUAUCUGGUGGCCAUCACUCCUUUAGGAUAUCUUUUAUGGACCGUGGUUUACAACCUUUACUUUAGCCCACUGUCGAAGUUUCCGGGACCGAAACUUGCCGCAUGCACCAAUCUCCAAAACCUAUACUGGACAUCCACAGGACAGUAUCACUACAAACUCAAGGAGCUCCAUGAUAAGUAUGGAGAUGUAGUUCGGACAGCUCCCAUGUCUCUUGUCUAUCGCAGCCCGCAGGCAUGGAAAGAUAUCUACGGCCACCGCAAACCGGGAACCGGGUCGUUCCUGAAAGACCCCAAAUUCUACCUUCUGGGGCCGAGAGGACCAAACCUUCUCAAUGCCAACGACGAAGAUCAUUCAAGAGAAAGAAGAUUGCUCUCGCAUGCCUUCUCUGAAAAGGCCCUGCGCGAGCAAGAAGGCCUAGUUCAGUCAUAUGUUGACAUGUUGGUGGAGCGACUGAAGGUGGUCUCAUCAUCGCAGGAAACAGUCGACAUGUCUCAGUGGUACAACUUCACUACAUUUGACAUCAUCGGAGAUUUAGCCUUUGGCGAACCCUUUGACUGCUUACAGGAAAGCCAAUACCACCCAUGGGUCAAGAUAGUCUUUGUGAGCGUGAAAGUAAUGGCAUUAUCGCGACCAUUGUUAGUCUAUCCCUUUUUGGCACCGAUUGUCAGAAGGCUCCUCCCGAAAAGGCUCAUAAAGAUGCGAGAAGAAUUAUUCGCUUUGGCAACAAAUAAAGUCCAUCGCCGAUUGGAGACUAAGGUUGAACGGCCAGAUUUUAUGACUUGCAUAUUGCGAUACAAUGAUGACAGGUCUAUGACCAUACGGGAGAUGGAAGCAAACGCGGCAUUGCUGAUACUCGCUGGGAGUGAGACGACGGCAAGUCUACUCUCCGGGUUCACCUAUUAUAUCAUGGCAAACCCUUUGGCCUAUAGGAAACUCGUGGACGAAAUCCGAGGAUCAUUCAAAUCUUACGACGAUAUUGAUUUCCAGAGAGUUGGUCAACUGACUUACCUGAAUGCAGCACUCGAGGAAAGCCUGCGGGUUUACCCACCUGUCCCGGCUAUUAUUCCGCGGGUUGUACCUAAGGAGGGUGCAUUGAUCGAUGGGCAAUUCGUUCCAGAGAACGUUUCUGUGUCUGGGGCCCACUAUUCUACCUACCAUUCCGAGUCUCAUUUUACCAAAGCCGACUCGUUUAUCCCCGAGAGAUGGCUGGAGAGCAGAGACAAACGCUUCGAGUCGGACAGUCGGACAGCAGUUCAACCAUUCUCACUUGGGUCCCGUAACUGUCUUGGAAGGAACCUUGCCUAUGCAGAAAUGCGUCUAAUUGUGACCAAGGUCUUCUGGAGCUUUGACAUGACCAUGGACGAGGGUUCAACCGCUUGGAAUAUCCAGAAAUCCUACAAUAUUUGGGAACGCAAGCCAUUGAUGGUAAACCUCUCGCUGGCACAGCAUUGA